CAGGAACGGAAGCCGGGAGGAGAAGCGCCAGAAGAAAGAUGAGUCAAAAUGUUGUCACUGCGAAUUAAACGGCGUUUAUUUAGUGUAAGAAAGACCGCGUCGGGGCUUCAGACAGCCUCCCGGUGUACUUUAAGUAACGGAGUGACGGAAACGACGCGCGUGCUUUGACGUUUCUUCAUGGCUUUCAUGUGUGUUAAUAUUGGCACGUUCCUGGAAUUAUAUUUCGGUUUCGCGUUUCGUUGAACCUGUUUCCGGUCGCGGUACGUAUACCGCAGGUGAAGACAUGGACGCGGUUCACAGGUACAGUGGGACUGGCGUCUUCUACCAGGCGAUGCCUGCUGUCGGAGCCGAUGGAAAGAACAUCAUGAAACUGAUUCCUGUACAAAUGGUCAACGGACAGUUUGUCCAAAUUCAAAUAAGCAAACCCAAAACUGAUCCUACGCCACAGAAAGCUGUGAGCAUAAACUUUGCAGCGUUGAAUCCUUCUGCCACUCAGCAAACUGUCAGUAAUCAGUUUUCCCUCGUGAAUGGCUCUGCUAAUCAAGUAGGUUUGGAUCUUGGAAAUCCAUUAAACAAACAUCCAUCACAGAAACAGACUGUAUAUUUCAAGGCAAAAGUACCUCAGAUGGCAACACCUGCAGCUAACUGUGGGAAUUCACUAAGACCUCCAAAGCAACUCCCAGUGACGGUUAAAUCCCCGGCCCUCCCAAGAGGACAGUACCUUCAGAUUCCCCCCAAUGCACAAGUCCGGACAGUCCCAGCAUCUGAACUCCCUCUGGGUAUCAAGAAACAGAUUUUCACUUCAUCAGCUAGCUCCCCUCCAUGUUCAGGCCUGCCCAGCGUGGUUUACGUGUCACCUAUCACCACCGUGAAUCAGGGCGCUACUCCACCAGGGGAUUCUGCACUUCAGAAGCUGCUUUACAAUACACCAAACAAAACUUCACAUGGAUCAGUAGGCUCAAAACCACGUUUAAAACUGAUUCCGACAGUUUCACAAAGGUCCAGCGGCCCCUUAAAGUGGGUGAUUGAAGAAGAGGACUGGUCAAUGGCUCCGACUCCUGACUUUAUGAAGUCUCCUUCUGUUACUUCAGAGAUCCUUAGGGCUGUGGCAGAGAGAGAAAACGCCACCAAGCACCAGGACGUCAUCCACAAACCGGCAUCUCAGCCGAGUCCGGGCAGAGGUGGGCAAGAACAGGAAAACGCCUUGGUCAUGUGCAACGGGAAGGUGUUUUUUGUGGCCAAAAAGUGCAGCCUGUCACCUAAAAUGCGAAGAAGCCACGUGCCCACAGCAGCAACAAACAGUUAUGAGUUCAACAAAACCGCCAUAUCUUCAUCCCAAACAUCACUCUGGUCAGCUGCACCUAAAUCAAAGCCGGACUUCAGGAUUAUCAUUCCAGAUGAGUCUGAUGAAGUGAUCGACCUCUGUGAUGAUGAUGCUCAGGAUGACUCGUCUCAACCAGCAGCAGCAGUCCCUCCUCUGGAUGAAGAUAAUGUAAUAUUUGUGUCGUAUAUUCCACCCAAAUCUGAGUCUGGAUCAACACAAAAGUCGAGACUAAAAACACAAAAAGCACCUCUGAAUGAAGCAGAUCAGACGGCCGCGAGCAGCUGGAACAGUGACACGGAGCUAAAGAGUCUGGAUGGUACAGGUGACUGUGGAGGCAGACAGGAAGUCAACGACCUUAGAGAUAAAAUACCUGGCCAGAGCACUGUGCAGAAUGUGACGCAGAAUGUCUGUGGCUCAACAGUGGUGAACGUGCACGAUAAUGAGGGCUCAAACACCAGCAGCCAGCCGAGCUCCUGUACCCAACAGCUGCAGAGCGUGGAGGGUGAUGCAGCAGAUCCCAGCAGCUCUGACAGACACAAAGGAAGAUGCUCUCCUACAGAGCAAGACACCCACAACAUGGAGACAACAAGGACGACACCAGAAUCCCGUCAAAUAGACGACCUCCUCCUGAGACGGCUAUUUGGGAUAACAGCUGAUGUGAAAAUACGGCUGCAGAGGAUCGAUGAAGCCUCCACUGGGUCCGUCUAUGCAGAUCCUCCACAGGAGUCAGCGGAGGAUCAUCAAGAACUAACAAGCAGGUUCACAGAACUGUUUUCACAGGACCUUCAAAGUCCACAUGAAACCGACAGCUGUAACGGUCUCAUCGUUGUCGGACCUCCGGAACAGGAACCGUCAGCAGACCAUCCCGCUUCACUUCCUCACACAGACAGUGAAACCUUUAAAUGUUCCCAUUUUAAACUGAACACACAACACCUGUCAGGUCAAAGUUCACCUGAAGAAUCAUGUGAUGUGGAAUCAGAGCCAGUGAUUGGCUAUGUGGAACCCAUAGAGGAGGACUUCCUCAGCGCCGAUGAAAAUGACAUCCCCAACUCACAAGACGCUGCAGUCCGGCCUCAGGCUCAAAAUCAUGUGGAUCUGAGUACGAACACCAGGAGGAUGGGAAGAAUGAGGAAACGCACGAGGUGUCCGUGCUGCAUCCCCAGCGCCAAGUCAGAGGAGCCAGAGAGGAAGUGGGCGUGGACGGCAGAGCAGACUGGCAAAAAAGGGGGCAGAACAAAGGGUGUGAGGAAAGAGGUUAAAACAUCCGGAAGGAUCAGCUGUCUGACAGCAGAGACGCAGCAGGUGUGUAAGACGUACGCGCUUCCAGCCGGUGGCACUUUAACGUCCAUGGACUCUGACGAACUAACACGCCACGAACAGAUCAGGAGACUCAGAGUGCUUCUGAAGGAGAAAGAGGCCGCUUUAGAACUAAUGAGGAACACAUGACCGUAGACUCUACUAUACUAACAGAUGUUUUGUUCUAAAGUUAUUGAAUUUAUCUUUAUCAUAUAAUCUGCUGUUGCUCAACAAGGACUAGCCCAAGUACUGGCUUCAGCACAGCGUCAUGGACAUACCUGACCUGGAUGUACCUAUGAUGGCCUUCAGUUUCACAGUGGUGUGGUACACAGGUGUGUCCAAAGCUGGUAUCUAAAUUGUGUAUAUAUUUAUAAACUGUAUAAAACACUGCCUCCAUUUCCAUUUUAUCACCGCGAUGCUAGAGCCCAUUGUCUUAUGAAGAAGUACUUUACUUAUCCCUCUUGGGUUAGAUGGAUUGAAAAUAUUUAAGAAAUAGUUCCACCAUUCCAUCCACACUGACUCCGACCACCAUGUCUGGUGACAAACUCACAUAAUUCUGCGUAGGGUACAAGUAUUUUCCCAUCACUGCGGAGCUCUAUAUAUUCAUAGUUAGGCUCUGGCGAUAUCAAGGUGUUACAGUAUACCAGGUAUUUAAGAACCCCGACAGUAUUACUGUCAAUCCCGUCACAAAUCCAGAUGCUGCUCUUUCAGUCUCAGCUGCACAUUUACUGCUGAACUUCCCUGCUCACCUGUUCCUCGGCUCACCUGCCACUCACUUGCUCUCAGAGUCAGUGUGGACUCACAUCUAGUGUGAGAAACUGAAUGCUUCAGAUUUAGUUAGUCAUUAAUAAGCAUUUUGUAUUUAAGGUAUUUAUCUUUAAAACAAUGAGUGUGUAAUGUAAUUCCAUUUAUGUUUAUGAAAUACUAAUAUUUAUAUUUUGUUAGAGUACUUGUGCUAAUAAAUGCAUUGGUUGAAAUAAUUCA